GGGCGAAGAAGAGAGGCGACGUCUAACAAAAUGGCUGCAAGACGUUGUGUCCAUGAUUUCUUUUGGCUCCAACUUAUUUUUUAAAGCACGUGUUGGUGGGUUUGUGAGGAAGCACAAUGUUUAAAAAGGCAAAACGAGCGAACAUUCGACGGAGGAAUGAAUCCGACGAAGACGAGCAGGAGGAGGGCCAGCGGCCGCCGUUGGCGCCCACAUCGUUUGGGCCUGUGGUGGAGGAAAUCCCGUUCAUGGAGACUUCCACCAAUGCUUCAGCACAGUACCACACUGAUAGCACACACAGCAACGGCUUUCUGUCAAACACUAACAUAAUUCGAGGAUUUAAAAAGGAAAAGAAAGUCAAAGAUAUACCUGUGGUGCUAGGACCGACCAAAGGCAGUUUGCUGAGUUUCGACGACGACGAAGAAGAGGGAUUAGAGGUGUUCAAAGUGAAAAAAUCCACUCACAGCAAGAAGAUUGUGAAACAACUAAAGAGGGAAUAUAAGGAAGAUUUGGAGAAGACUGAAAUCACCAGACCAGAUAGCAAAUCAGAUGCACCACUCCUGCCACUAGUUUCCAUCAAAGAGGAAGUCAUUAGCAAAACAGGAAGUGAUCAGGGGGAGGAGGAAAUGGAGGUGGAUAGUAAUGAUGAGCAGAACGACACAGGACGGAACCAAGCUGGUCAAGCACAAAGUCAAAUGUCCAAAAGCAACAACCCUGGAGCUGCUUUCAACACACUGUCCUCCCUCGGUAAUCUAAGACCAGGAGAAAUUCCUGAUGCAGCUUUCAUCCAUGCUGCCAGAAAGCGACGACAGUUAGCCAGGGAACUAGGAGGUGACGCACCAUUGGUUGAGGCAGAAGCUCCCAAGAAACGUCAUGCAUCAGAAGAUCAAGAUGUCAGUGACGACGAAGAUGAGGCAGAGAAGAGGAUUCGCUUUAGUGGUGUCAAAAAGAAGAGCCAAAGACAAAAGAUAGCUGAAGAGAUAGGUAUUGAAGGUAGUGAUGAUGAGGCACUGGACACAGGUCAGGAUGAGGAGGUGACCCGCUGGGAGCAGGAGCAGAUAAGAAAAGGAAUCAGCAUACCACAGGUCCAGACCACCCAGCCAGAAGACACCACCAUUUACUACCAGAACAGCUACGAGAGCCAGCCAUACGGAGCCUCCUACAGCAUGCCUUUCACUUAUAGCACAGUGGCCCCAACGUCUGCCAAGACAACUGGCCGAGCAGACAAUGGUUCUGUUCACUUUGGGGCCCAAAUCACUGAUCUGCCCCCAGUAUCAAUUGAUCUGGUAAAGAAACGCCUGCAGGAUAGACUCAGCCACAUGCGUGCAGGCCACCAGGCAAACUCCAAGCACUUCAGACAAAUCGACGACGACCUUGCUUCCUCUGAGAAUAGCAUUCAGCAGUUGGAGGGCUCUUCCAAUGACAAUGAAGAAAAAUACAAAUUCUUGCAAGAGAUGCGAGGGUAUGUUGGAGACUUGCUUGAGUGUUUCAGUGAAAAGGUUCCUGCCAUCCUGGAGCUGGAGGCUGCCAUGCACCAGUUACUAAGGCAACGGACCUCACGGCUUGUCCAGAGAAGACAGGAUGAUAUAAAAGAUGAAUCGUCGGAGUUUGCAAGCCUUUCAAAUAAAGCUGUCAUGGCUCCUAACUUAGAUUCCUUUGGUCGAGAUCGUGCUGCAUACCAAGAACACAGUCGUCAGAGGAGGAUAGCAGAGAGAGAAGCACGACGAACUCGAAGGCGACAAGCUAGAGAGCAGAAUGGAAAAAGGGCCGAACACAAAGAAGGGCUAUCUUCUGAUGAUGAGGAAACAUCUACGGACAUCACCAGCUUCAACAUGGAAAAAGAACGAAUCAGCAGAGAAUGUAAGAAAGUAUUUGAAGACGUGGUGGACGACUUUCAUUCUCUGGACUUCAUAAAAUCUCGUUUCGAAGUGUGGCGCAGGGAUUUUCCCGACUCAUACAGAGACGCCUACAUUGGCCUCUGUCUGCCCAAACUUUUCAGCCCUUUAGUCCGGCUGCAGCUCAUUACUUGGAGCCCACUGGAGGCACAGUGUGCAAACUUCGAGUACAUGCUCUGGUUUGAGUCACUGCUGUUUUAUGGCUUUGAGGAGAACAUUGCGUUGCAGAAAGACGAUGGAGAUAUUGGUCUGCUGCCUGCCAUUGUGGAAAAGGUCAUCCUGUCCAAACUAAAAGUGUUGGUGGAGCAGGCGUGGGACCCACUGUCCACCAAUCAAACAGCCAGACUGGUGAGCUUCAUUCGCAGACUCUUGAAAGGUUACCCCACUGUGCUGCAUGGGGACAAUCAAUACACACAGGAGCUAUUAAAAUCUAUCGUCCUACGAACCAGGCGGACUUUGGAUGAAGAUGUUUUCCUUCCACUCUACCCCAAAAAUGUGUUGGACAACAAGAACAGUGGACCGUACUUGUUUUACCAGAGGCAGUUUUGGUCCUGUGUGAAGCUGUUGGGAAACAUCCUGCAGUGGGAUGGUAUCUUAUCCACUUCCUGUCUGAAGGACCUGGCUUUGGACAGCACACUGAACAGAUACAUUCUGUCUGCACUACAGACCACGGACACAGCAGAGGAGAAUGUUCACAAGUGUCAGAAGGUAGUGGAGGUUUUGCCGCAGCAUUGGUUCCUUGGGAUGAAGGCCCAGCAGACGUUGCCUCAGUUGGAGCCGUUGUGUCGAUAUCUGGGUCACCUUGCAAACACACUUCACCGCAGCAGUGUCAGUGGUUCUGACCUGGAGAGACACAGUGUGAAGGAUCAAGUCAAAGAAGUUGUCAGGAUGCUUGGCUACAUGAAGGCCCUGGACCACAUCAUGUCAGUGGCAGCAGAGUUUGGUUUUAAAGACAUCAAACCACUUCUGGAAGCCUUGUCAUAGUUGACAUGUGGCCAGAGUCCUUUUUUAAAACAAAACAUUGUGAAACCAGAUCAAUUUACUGAUACCACAAGGUAAUAAAACACUUGUAAAUAUUGUAAAAACUGUACAGAAACACGCUGAUGCACCACUCAACAAAGGACUAAUGCUGAAAUAAAAGUUCUGUUGUCAGCUCCAAACAGUUUUAUUAUAUGCUGGCAGUAUUUUAAAAGGAUAACUUAUUCGUGUUCAUAAGCAUUUGUUUUUCAAAAUUUUUUGAUUUACUUUAGACGUCUGUUUGAACACUCCCAGAAUUAAGUGUGCCAAAAACUAUUCUAAAAAGACAAACUGACUGCAUAUUCGCCCUUUAAACCUCGCUUAAUUGUACAAUUCCCCCAUCCUUUACAAAAAAAAACCUUUUCGCUGAUCAAGAGAUGACAGCCUUUGUGGGACUUAUUUAGGUUUUCUGUUUGCCUGUGAAUAAAAGAUAAAUUUGAAAAAUUGACAUCAACCUUUUCCAAUUAAUAUGACAAGACAGGAAAGCCUGUUAAUCUGUUGCUGCAAAAUGACUUGGUGAAAAACAUGCACUUGUUAAGUAAACACCAUGUUGAUAGCAUUGCUACAAACACUGUAAAAAUGCAGCACUAUGCAGACGAUAUGCUCAGUGGUCACCUUGGUUUUGAACUUCAGUAAUUCUAUAACUACUGACCUAAUACUUGGGUUGGGGGGCGUUAUUAUAAUGAAAAGUUAGACCUGAGUAGAUCAGAGGAAUUGCUGGUGUUUGGGGGAGGAAGAUGGAGAGACAAUGUUGAUUUGGUUUGGUGUGUUGGACAAUGGGCAGAAGAUGAUUUGUUGACAUGGAAGACAUGAGAAAAACUUUAAUGUCAGAAUUAAUUUUCUGGUCCAAAGGUGAAAUUGUCGAGGUGUUAUAUGAAUGUAUGUAUCUGCACUUGGGUUUGACGUAAUUAAAUAAAAUGGUGGAGG